GAGAGAGAGAGAGAGAGAGAGAGGCAGACAAGCGCUCAGACGAAACGAACGAACCGACGACACGCCCUAAGCGCCACGUGCCGCAAACGUGUCUGCAAACGUUUCGGGCGAGCUAUAAAUAGCGAGAGCAGCCCAGUCUUCCCUCAGUGCCGGAACAGACAGUGACUGUGCAGUUUAACGUGUGCGGGUUAGCAGCAGGUACUUUUUCCCUGUUGGUUAGGAAACAUGGAAGGUUAUAGCGAGAAAGGGAAGGUGUCUACAUCAGUUGUCAUGGAUGUAAACUGCAACGAGGAUGACAAGAUAACACGUUUGGAUAGCAUCUUAGUUCAGCUUUAUAUUUGGGUUAAGAUAACCCUAUGUAUGGCUGUGACCGUUGUUACUCUAGUGGGAUGUGCCUUCACAAUAUACAUAUUUAUAACGGCAAUGCUUCACGCUGGAGACAGUCAACCAGUGCCUUACGACCACAACACACAACCGGGCGAAACCACCACUACCUACCUCACCGACUCCACUGAAGGAGCUCUCGAAGUUACGAAGUCGCCCGCCAACGACCACCCACGACUCAUCUCUGCUGACUCCGAAUCCCUCAAGUCAGUCCUAGAAACUAUUCGACGACAAAAUCAGUCGCUGUUGGCUCUAGAAUGUCGCCCGACGCCGCGCAAGGAGAAGGCGGUCUCGCUGCUCAGCCCCAAAGACAGGAUCUUGGAUAAGGACUUCUUUCCCAAGGACAUAUCGAUCGAAAAGUGUGACGAUGUGUACAGCUACUGCGGCGUCGGGAAGAGUGUGUGCGUGCCGGCCAGGAAUAACACGGGGAAGAAAGCUGUGACAUUUUGGUACUACGAAGGGGAAGAAACUGUCAUCGAGACAAGGGCCUUCGAGAGCGACUCCGACUGCGAGUGCCAGUGAGGGUCCUGCUCGCUCCGUGACUGAGCCUUCCCUAUUCCCUUUCCAGAGGUCCUCUCGCAUUCUACCCUGCCCGAGGUGCCCACAGAUAGCGAUGGCUCAACUGGUUUCACUGGCCUACUGCUCGCCCAUCCCACAGGCAGCGAAGGACUGCUCGAGAAGCCUGGAUGCCGGCCAUUCGUCUAUCUUUACCAGAGAUUUGAAUUUAUACUUUAUACGAAAAUAAUAGUAUUUAUAUUUAUCAUUUAUGCAUAUAGAGCAAUAUAUUUGUAGUCUCAUACGAAAGGAAUAUAUAUUUAAUAAUGAUCAAUUAUGCAUAUUGAGAAAUUAUUUGAUUGUUGGCUCCACUCGCAAAGGAUAUAUAAAUAUUAUUUAUCUUUUAUAGAUAUUGAGAAAUGGAUAACUUGAUUAAGGUAUCCAGUUUUGGUGCUCAGUAGAAUUUUUUUUUCAAUAGUAUGUUAAAAAGAAUUAGUACAAGGAUUUAUGCAUCCUUUACAUACACGUAGGUCAAAGCAUUCUUUAUUGUUUAAUAUUAUGUAAAAAAGUAUUUAUGCAUCACUUAUGUAAAAAGUAUUUAUGCAUCACUUAUGGAAAAGUACAAGUAAUUAUUUAUAUGAAAAUUAGUCUUUAUUCAUAUCAAAAUGAAUACACGUAUUUAUUUAUAUUUAUGAUUAAUGUUUGCAUUAUCAUUUUGUCUUCGCUAUCAUCUGUCUUCGUAGUGAUCAAACUGUAGCUACAUAUUUAUUAAGACAUUUAAAUACUUUUAAUAAGAGACGGUGUGAUAUGUAUUGUAAAUAAUCAAAACCUUUACACAAAGUUCCAUAUCAGGAAAGAGGUUGUAUAAAGAUAUUAUGUGAUAUACUGUCAAGUCACUCUGUGAUAUGCUGUUAUAUUGUGUGAUAUAUUUCUGUUAUAAUGUUAUGUAAUAUAUUAGUCUGCUAUUAUGACGUUAUGUGAUAUAUUUUUCUGUUAUUAGGAUGUUUUGUGAUAACAUUUUGAUAAUUUUCUUUUAUGUGAAUCUCAGAUUAUUGUAAAUCGGAAACGACAAAUGUGUGACUAAGAUAUUGUGUGUUCAAAAAUUAAGUGCAAAAAUAAAUAAAAUAAUGGUAAUAGGAAAAUAAAAUGUCAGAAUCUCUAGUCAUGUACAAAACUUAAUAAAAUAAUUUGAGA